UUUCAAGUGGAAGAUAUGAAACUCUGCUUGAAGCUAUGCUUUUGCUUGGCAGACGAUUCCCAAAGACUUCUGGAAAAUUUCCACUCUGAUGUCCACAGGCAUCUUUAUGAAAACGAGCCCUUACCAAGUAUGAAGAAAAUAGAAGCUCAUAAAUCAAAGAAGGCAGUGGCACUGGAGGGAAGUGAGUCACCUUUGACUAGUAACAUCACAGCAUUUGCACUAAAGGCAAAAGUCAUCUAUCCAAUCAAUCAAAAAUUCAGGCCACUGGCAGAUGGAUCAUCCAAUCCAUCUUUGCAUGAAAAUCCAAAGCAGGCUGUUCUGCCUAAUCAAGUAAUGGAAGCUUCCACUUCAAGCAGCCUUGGAUCCCUCAGUCAAGGAGACAAAGAGGACUGUAGCUCAUCUACAACAAUACAUUCUGCAACUAGUGAUGACCGAUUUCAGGCUCGAACCUUCCUAAAGGUGACCUGCUUCCCUGAAGUCCUGACUUGUGAGAGUUUUGAUGUUAAGCUGUGCCUAUAUAGCCUUCUUUUGAAAGACCUUCUGUUUCUUGAUGUAGAACUAAGAAAGGAAAAAUAUAUGAUGGUUAUUCAGGUCCUCAGAGUAUACCUCACAGAAUUUUAUCUUAAAAAGAAAAUUAAUGAAGAGUUAUAUCAGAAGAUCCUUCUGAAGCAAGAAACUGAUUUUGACGAACUGCAGAAACAACUUAACUCCAGGCUACAGAGCACCGAGGCCAUGGGCACUCAGAAUUCAGAAUACCAGACCUUGGAUGACUUGGAAAGGAAAGAGAGGGAAUAUUCUGAACAUAUAAUAGAUAAUAUGGAGGCUUUCUGGAAACAGACUGACAAAGCCCAGCAGUUUGUCUUGGACCAAGCAAAAUGUUCAAGUGCUAAAGCACGAAAGAUAAUCAUGAAUCUGACUGACAAAAUGAUUGUAGUGGAAGAGUUAUUAAGUGAAUCUCAGGAUUUGCAGUCAAUGGACAUUCCAGAAAGAUUAUUCAACUGGGAGCUAAUGGUAAAAAUGGUUGAUUCUGUAAAAUCACGUCUAGAAGAAGAAAGUAAAUGUAGAUUUAAUGCUGUGUCAAACAUAUUGGACCAUUUAACCAUAAAAAGCAGCCUCUCUGUUAGACAGAAGGAAGAUCUUUUAGCAGAGUUGCACAAAGCUUUCUGGGAACAAGUAACACAUUACAAGAAUGAAUGUGUCCGACAAGCUAAAGACCUAAUCAUGAAACAGCUGGCAUGUCGUGCAAGCAAGAUAGAAGAGCUCAAACAAGGCCAGGAGGAUGAACAAAGCUAUCUACUCAAUAAAGAUGUGCAAGUAGGAGAUCUUCAUGAAUUUCUGCAGGCUUACCAUGAAUUGCUAGAGAAGCAGAGACAGACACAGUGGAAUCUAGAAGAAGUGGACAACCGUGAAAGCACUGAGGCUGUUGUAGAUCUCCAUAAGGAGCUAUAUGUGAGGUCUUCUCAUGCAUUAGAGGAACUUGUUAAAGAGUUGUUUCUUCAAAACCUUCCUAGAAUAACCGGUCUCUCCUUAAGAGAAUGUGAACUUUUAAAAGAAGAAUGGCAGGAGAAUUUGGUCCUUCAGUUGGAAAAAGUGGACUCCUAUAGACAACAACAUUGGAAGCUCUUCCAGGAACAAAUACAACAAGAAAAACAGCUAUGGGCCAAGGAGUAUGCUCUGUCUGCUGUCAUGCAAAAACAUUUGUCUGAGAAGCAUGAGAAGAUCAUCCAAGGUGUAUUAAACCAAUUAGGUGGCCUCAGUGAAGAGUCUACUAACUACAUAUUGCGAAAACACAGGCUGUUGCUGUGCUCAGUACUCAGAAGGUUAAGUCUCCGUAACGUUGCUAUGGCUACUCUGACUCACAUGAGACUGUCCAGGAAGAAAACCUUGCUUCAAGAGCUAAGAGAGCAACACAUCCUACAAAAGAGCUCCUCACAUUGUUCAGAUGAACGCCAGUGGCAGUUCCAGAAAACAAUGGAGUCCCACAUUCUGGAAGAAGAGGAGAAGCUAGAGGAGGAGACUCAACAAACACGUUCAGAAUUUCACCUCCAGUUUGUGACAGAAAUCCACGAAGCUCUUCAGCUUGUGCAGCAACAUGUGGAACAAGGGAUUGGCCAGACCUUGCUCCAGCAUGCCCGACAGGAAGCUACAAAGCAGAGCUCUGAGGACAGAGAAGACUUAAAGGAAAGAUUAACAGAAUCAGCUGUAGAGAGUGUAUAUGUGACCAUCAGCAGCGUCAGUAGAGUGGUACAAAGCUACUACCAGCAAAUAGGAAAAAUCAUGGGAGAUUACGAAGACAAAAAACUUCAACAACUGAAAUCUCUUCUAGCAGAAAGGAGUGAAAAUCACAGACUUAAAAGAAAACAUGAAGAGAAUGAAUGGACAUUGAAAGAAAAACCUAAUGAAGGUACCUUGGACAUAUCAUCUGCUGUUCCUCAAAGGAUGUUAUUGCAGCAAAAAAGGUUCUUGGCCCAGUUUGACAUGCAGCAGCAGGCUCGAUUGAAGUCUCUAAAGCAGCGGAUACUGGCAUUGCAUCAUCUAGAAACAGAGGUUGAGAACCAGCUAAAGCAAGCAGAACAGGACUUUAUCACUGAGGUAGCUGGAUUGGCCCGAGUUCCCCUCCCAGUUCACAAGCAGCCUUUAAAUAGGACAGCUCAAUCAGGAAAAAAAUCUAAAAUAAAAAUGAAAAAUGCUCAAUCCCAGGAAAAAGAGGACCCUGCUGACUGUCAUGAAAAAGACCAGGCACGUGACAGACAGAACGCUGGGUCACUCAGAAAUAAGACAGAGUCAACAUGAAGGCAAAAAACUCAAAAAAUGUUGAAAAAAAAGGUGCAACGUGCAGUGAACACAGUCUUCUGAACUGUCUCGUACUUAGAACAUGGAGUCCCAAAGCAUAUUUCUGGAACAUCUGAAUUAUAAAAUAUACUUACUGAAUCAGCUCCCUAGGGAACAAAGAAGAACCUUAUCAAAAGUCAUUACAUCUUAUUUCACAAUGGUAAAGCAAUAAAAAACAGGAACAACAAUGUAUCUUGCAGUAUGGGAAAAAAGUAUGCGACUAGAGAGAAACUCAUUUAUGUGA